GCCGAGCUCCCAGUUGCUGCGGUGGCCGCCGGCGGGCCGGGCGCAGGGUAAGUGCUCCAGGGCCCGCCCGGGGCGCGCUGCCCUUCUCCGAGCCCUCCCAGCCCGAGCCUGCCAGGGACCCCCGCGAGAUCCCAGGAGGCCCCGGUUUGCCCUGGGUUCUAGCGUUUCCCAGCUUGGGGGAACGCGGGCAGGCAGUGAUAACUCAGGGAUCCCUGCCUGGCCCACGGAUUCUAGAAUCCAGUGGAGGAGAGGAGGACAGGAGACAGCACACACAUCUCCCCUUGAAAACGGAAGUGUUGAUAAGAACUACCCUUUUGUAUGGAGUGCUUACAUGGGCCAGGUGCCUUCACUUCAUCACAUGCCGCGUAGCAGCAGCAGCAACAGAUCCGGAGACGACAGGAAAAUGGCCACCUGGGAUGAAAAGUAAUACUGAAAGAAAUAGAUCUGGAGUAAAGGUCUGCUCAUUGGGGUGAAUGACAGCAGGUGAACAUUUGCUGUGAACAUUCUUGAACAUGUUACUGAUUUGAGUACAUAUGGGCAGUCACCCGCAGGGCCAAGGUGGCUCCCGCCGAGAGGAUGAGCAAGUUCUUAAAGCACUUCACCGUCGUUGGGGAUGACUACCACGCGUGGAACAUCAACUACAAGAAGUGGGAGAAUGAAGAGGAGGACGAGGAGGAGCAGCCACCGCCCACACCGGCCUCGGGCGAGGAGGGCAGAGCUGCUGAUCCUACCACGGCGCCUGCGCCUGCCCCCGUGCCCAGGCCCCGCCUCGACUUCAGGACCACUUUGAGGAAGCUCUUCAGCGCCCACAGGUUUCAGGUUAUCAUCAUCUGCCUGGUCGUUCUGGAUGCCCUCCUGGUGCUCGCCGAGCUCGUUCUGGACCUGAAGAUCAUCCAGCCUGACAAGAACAACUAUGCCGCCAGGGUGUUCCACUACAUGAGCAUUGCCAUCUUGACCUUUUUUAUGAUGGAGAUUUUCUUUAAAAUAUUUGUCUUCCGCUUGGAGUUCUUUCACCACAAGUUUGAAAUCCUGGACGCCAUCGUCGUGGUGGUUUCCUUCGUCCUCGACGUUGUCCUCCUUUUCCGGGAGCAUGAGUUUGAGGCUCUAGGGCUGCUGAUUCUGCUCCGCCUGUGGCGGGUGGCCCGGAUCAUCAACGGGAUAAUUAUCUCGGUUAAGACACGUUCUGAACGGCAACUACUAAGGUUAAAACAGAUAAAUAUACAACUGGCCACCAAGAUCCAACACCUUGAAUUCAGCUGCUCUGAGAAGGAACAAGAAAUUGAAAGACUUAACAAGCUACUGAGACAGAAUGGGCUUCUUGGUGAGGUGAACUAGAGGCAUACCUGCUCCACCCCAGAGGGAAGACCUGCCUCACGGGCUUGUGACGAGGAAGACAGCCGCCCCUCCUGGGGCCAUGUUGGGGAGAGGUUUGCUUUGAUGGCUUUGCCUCACUGCUGCCAGCUCAGAUUCUGGGGGACACAGUCUUUCAGAGGCUCUAUUUCUUCCUUGGUGUGACUGAGAACGUCCCAUCCCAUUCCCACCCCACACUGUGUAACAAAUGUAUCAUAAACUAUAUUUUUCUCAUGCUGAACACUUUACUCUUGCUUGAAAAUGAACAACAAGCUGGACAAUUACUAGCUGUAUAUAAAACUUAAUCUCAUCAAAUGUACAGUUUUCACAUUUCACAUGUAUAUUAAGGAACCAGUGCAUCCUUUCAUAUGACCACUCUGAAAGACAAAAGAGAAAAAAGAGAGCUACCUUAGCUAUCAGCACAUUCUAGAAAAGUCUUUUCUGUUUCCAAGCUGUUCUAAACAGCUAAUCACAAUUUCCCCCAAGGAGCUUGUUCUCAAGUACCCAGCCCCUCCUCUGCAUCCUCCAGCUUUUAGCUGGCUCCACCUAGUUCUGCCCCCUGACAACAUUUUUCUCAAUUACUGUACAAUUAAUGUAUAAAAUAAACUCUCUCCUUCCCGCGGGCCCUCCUACUGUAUUCUUUCUAGGUUCAACUGCUUGGAAUCACUCUGUGGCAUCCUAUACCGGCCCACUAGCUGGAGAGCAAGCUAGCUCCAGUGCCUGGUACAAAAGUAGCAAUUAGACCCAAGACUCCACUGUAAUUAACAUGACAUUUGGGGGAAGAUCCCCUCCUGAGGCCUUGUACUCUACUUGCAUGAUUUUAUACAACUUGCUAUUUUUGUACUCAUUUUAACGGGACCUGAAAAGAAAGCCUGAACUAAAAAUAAUAUUUUAAAAAAUAACUCACAUUAAAGCAGGGGAUGAAUAAACUGGAUAAACCCUCAACGCCUGCACUACUUCAAGGUCUGUUCUCUUUACGUUCUUCCCAAAGGUGCAACUUGGCUUCCGCAUAUGACCUAUGUGUUGAGAGUACUGGAAAUGGCCAAGCCAGACCCCUUCUAAAGUCAGAGCAAGUAGAAUGAAAUUCCCAAAGGGAGAAAAGAGAGGAGGGAAGUGAGUGGAGAGGGGAAGUGUGUUGGCUUGGGGGCAACCUCAAGGGUUAUACGUAUAAUAAAGUGGGAUGUCUCCGAGGGACCCUGGGCCCCACACGUGCUUGAUUAGACAGGUGUGGUGUAGUUUCCCUAUUUAAUGACUUACGUCAAACAAAUGGGAAGAAGAAGUUAAAGGGCAGCCUAGCAUUGAUGGUUGGCCGAGCUCUGAAGCCUGCCUCUGCAGGUGCAGACACAUCUACAAAAGUAACCGCAGUGGAAAUAAGAAUUGUCCUUUUAUUUCCUGAGUUGGUCUGUAAUAAAAAAAAAAUCAGAGUGAUGCAAGCCCUGCCCUCCAGUGUGUUCACCAGGAUAACAAAGAUAGGACAGCUUUCAUUUCCUUCCUCACCCGACCACUGUUGGUUCAUGAAUCUGGUAGGUACGUGGAGGGCUAAUCAGCCAUUAACUCAGAGGAGAGAUUCAGUUUUCACUCAGGUUGUCCUAACACAUUGAUGCCAUUCACAACUCAAGACAAGAGUUUUAAAGAUUAAAUCUAAACAAGAAUGUUAAUGUGAAUAAAACCACUGUGUUCAGAGGAGUUUUUUUCCUCCAAGUAAAAGAUAAUGACUGCUAAAUUGUUUUAAGAAUCCAGAUUGUUUAAAUUUUAAUUAUCUUUUUUACAAAAUAAAUUUCACCUAUCACA